AUUUAUAUAUUUGUCACAUUCGAAAAAACAACGCGCGAAUUGCUUUUAAACGUUAAGUUGUUUAAUUUUUUCUUUUGUAUUGAAUUAUUGUUAAAGAUUGAUUAUAAUAAAUUAAGUAUGAAUAACAAGGGACCUUCAGCGCGUGCUCGCGCAGAAGUCACAAAUGGAGAUUCAACUCCUAUAAAGAAUACGCCAGCUAGACUUACCCCAAGUGGAUUGAGACAUCGUUUCGUUCACAAAUUAGACUCUGCACCAAAGUCGCAACCAAACAAAGGAUUUCAUGUUGAGAAUAAUAUCACCAGGGUUACUCCGCGUUCAACAGCUUUUAAUGCAUGUUAUACUCCAUCUUCAUUAUUUCGCAAUGUAGUGUCGACUCCUUUGAGUAAAGGACGCUCAUAUAAUUUAACUGCUUCCGCAACCAAAACAAAAGCUAAAAUAUUAGAGUCGGCUUCGUCAAUUCAAGUACAAGAUCUUAAGGACACGGAAAUCAGCAACCUCACAGUUGCUGUUCGGGUACGUCCACUGAACACUCAAGAGUGCUCUUUAGCGAAAGUUUCAAAUAUAGUGCGUGUUAAUGUAAAUGAAUUGACUGUUUUUGCCGGAAUGAAUGCGGACGCUACAGCUGGUCUUACACAUUCCUUUACUUAUGACCAUAUAUUUGAUUCAACUGAUCCAGAUAGUAAAAACUAUGCAAACCAAGAAGAAGUUUUUCGCGGAACGGCUAUUCCGUUGAUUGAUCGAGCUUUUCAAGGAUAUAAUGCUUGCCUUUUUGCAUAUGGGCAGACCGGUUCCGGAAAAUCGCACAGUAUGAUGGGUAUAGAGGCUUUGGAUGACGAUGCUUCCGGAAGUAGUAUACCUCACCCAGAAGCCGGCAUAAUACCUCGUUUUUGCAGAGAAAUCUUUAACAGAUUGGAGAGAAAUAAACAUUCUAUCCGAGCGGAAAUCGAGAUAAGCUAUUUUGAAAUAUAUAAUGAGAAAAUUCAUGAUUUGCUAUGUGUGACACAAUCCGAAGGCAAUAAUAGCAUAGGGAAUAAUCAUGCAGCCAGUACACCAAUCACAACGAUUGGAAAUAGUCGACCAGCGUUAAAAGUACGUGAACAUCCCAUUUGGGGCCCUUACGUGGUGGAUCUCAGCAUUCACCCUGUAGAUUCCUAUGAAGCUAUGCGUAAUUGGCUUGCAGUAGGUAACUCUCAACGUGCAACAGCUGCGACUGGUAUGAAUGAUAAAAGUUCACGGUCUCAUUCUAUAUUCAAUAUUGUUUUGAAUUUGAUGGAAAUCGAUGGUGAAUCAUCAUGCAAUGAAACCGGAACGGAUUCAUAUGCUACAAAUCAAACUCGCCGAAGUAGGAUAAGUUUGGUUGAUUUAGCUGGAAGUGAGCGUAUUUCAACGGUUGGUUCGAAUGGGGAUCGUAUUCGUGAAGGUGUUAGUAUAAAUAAAAGCCUAUUGACAUUGGGCAAAGUGAUUGCUGCCCUAGCAGAUGCAAAAAAGAGCACAACAAACGGAUCAGGGUUUGUACCUUAUCGGGAAAGCGUUUUGACGUGGCUCCUACGGGAAAACCUUGGCGGUAAUUCGAAAACAGUUAUGCUUGCUACCAUAUCUCCAGCUAAUGUGAAUAUCGAUGAGACUUUAGCCACAUUACGUUAUGCUUGUCAGGCUCGUACAAUAGUAAAUCGCGUGAAAGUGAAUGAAUCACCUCAUGACAAGAUAAUACGGGAAUUACGAGCAGAAGUCGACCGCCUUAAAUCACUGAGAAAUGAAUAUGAACGCCAACGUCGUCUGUCAGGCAAUAAUAAUCCGACUCCAAGAAAAAUUAUUAUCGAAACUUCAGUUGACGACUGUGAGGUUGAGGCCUUACGUCAACAAUUAGCUGAUCGUGAAAGGGAACUUGAGAGGGCGCAAAAAUCAUGGAUGCAACGCGUAAAAGAAGCAGAGGAACAAAGAAAAACAGAGUUGCGAUUCCUUCGUCGAAAAGGAUUGGCAUUGGAAUUAUCUACCGAUCAAAAGCAUGCGUGUCUCGUGAACUUGACUGCUGAUGCAAUAUUGAGUAAUACCCUAUUUUAUAUUCUACCGCAAGGACAAGUAAAAAUCGGUCGUACACGCACAUCAACGUAUUGUAGUCAACCGGACAUAUUACUCGAUGGACCAUUAGUCGCCUACCAUCAUUGCAUAAUCGAAAACGAUAACGGGGAGCUGUAUAUAACACCACAGAAUGAAGAUUUUGAAACAUAUUUGAAUGGGGAUCUUGUAACAAAAAGACAGAAAAUGUUCCAUGGAGAUCGUUUGGUAAUCGGUGGCACACAUUACUUUCGAGUAUCAAAUCCAUUUUGUUCAAAGCAUAGUAAAAACGUGGUGGUUGAUUUUCAGAUGGCACACCAAGAAAUAUUACAUAAACAGGAAGAGAAACUUCGCCGUGAAUUAGAGGAGGAAAAACGUAUUGCUUUAUCGCGCAUAGAACUCGAACGAGCGGAGAAUGAACGCGAUUUUAAUGAGCGCAUGCAGAAACUUGAAUUGGAACAAUUAAAGUAUAAAUGUAAUAGGGAAAUACUUGAAACGGAGCGAAUAGCAUUUCAAAAAGAAGCGCAAAUUCGCAAAGACAAAACGGAUGUCGACUCAAUUUAUACGCCUACAUUUAAAUCAAAUUUACUUAAUGAUAUCAAUAAUAUCAUGCAAAAUCCGAGCGAAAAGAGUCUUCACAAAACUCAACUAAUGGUAAAAGAAGCAACACAACAUUGCCGUAAUUUGGGAUUGCAAAUAGAGUUUCGCCACUCACAAGUACUUGACGAAUUUGGCAUAUUUCACACGGUUGUUGUUUUACAUGAUAAGUCACUUAAUCGUAAAGCUGAAUGGCCUAUUGCAAGACUUAGCGUCUGGCUCGAUAUGGUGCGCAGUAAUGAAAGUUUAAAUUGUGAAAGCAUAUUCAAUUGUGUAGACAUCAAUUGGGAACCAAUGGACAAUGAUGAAUGUACAACAUUAAACGAUUCCUUGAAUUCAAGUAGAAUUUCCUUAAAUCUCAAUGUUGUGAAAGGUGUCUUAUUAAACAAGCCACUGAAAAAAAUGCAAUUGUUUAAUACAUCUUUAAAUUCAUCUUCGCCUAUCAACGCAGCGUCCUUAACUAAAUGUGAAUGUUUCCCUCAGUCUACGUUGUCGGGAAGAUACAUAACAAAAAAAGUUUUAAAUUAUGACGAUUGUUGUGACGUUGCAUCUACUCAUACACCAAAUACCUCAGAGAAGUCGAAUAAAACUGCUUUAUCGGACACCAAUCGCGAAGGCUUUAAUUUCGUCGCAUUGGCAUUGGAGCAGCUACGGGAUAUGGAACAUUCUGCUGCUCGAUUAAAAUUGCUUUGCAAUCGCUUUAGCAGAGAGCGAGAAAAUAUACCAAACAAUGACGCAGAAGAACAACAAAAACGUGUUAGAGAAUCGCUAAUUGAAUUAGAGAAAGUUAUGCAAGAAAUGCAUUCCUACCUUGCUCAAGGGGAUCUAAUUGAUGGCAGUGAAAUGACGAAAUCUAAAAUGCAAAAGGCUGUACGCUUUCUAAUAGAUUAAUGUUACGCAUGCAUUUUUUGUAUCCAUUAGUAAAAUAGUUAUGUAUUAUACAUAUUUAAAUAGACAAUACUAUUCUAAGAGUUUACAAUAAAACAAUAUAUCAUAUUUACAAAUACAUA